CUCAGUCAGCGCUGGGGUCCGGUCUGUCGGUGGUUCUGCUGCGGGAGGGGAGGGGAGGGCAGCAGGGGAAUGGAGAGCCUGCUGGAGAACCCGGUCCGCGCCGUGCUCUACCUGAAGGAGCUCACCGCCAUCGUCCAGAACCAGCAGAGCCUCAUCCACACCCAGCGGCAGCGCAUCGACGAGCUCGAGAGGCGCCUGGACGAGCUCAGCACCGAGAACAGGAGCCUCAGGCAGCACCUAGACCCCCAGAACCCCCCUCCCCCUCCGCCCCCGAGGCUGCCUGCUCCCCUUCCUCCUCCUCCGUCUCCUCCUCCUCCUCCUUCUCCAACGCAGCCUUGCCCUGGUCCUCUUCCUCAACAGCAGCAGCAGCAGCAGCAGCAGCCGCCUGAGGAGCUUCAGCACCCCCAACAGCUCCCUCCACAGGCUCCACCAGCACAGUCUUCAAGCAGCACCAGCAGCUGCACCAGCAAGCAGGCUCAGGCCAGCUCCAGUGGCAGCACCAGGACCCCAGCCCCACAGCAGCCCCCUCCACAGCAGCAGCACCUCCAUCACCACCAUCACCACCACCACCCUCCCAUUCCCAGCCAGGAGAAGAGCUGCUGCCCGGCCCUCCUCCAGCACAAAAGCCCCCUGGGCAAAGGCGUCUUGGCCAGGAGACCAGAGAAUGAGACUGUUUUGCACCAGUUCUGUUGCCCUGCAGCUGAUGCUGAGCAGAAGCCUUCAUGUGCAGACUCUUCUCCAAGUGAUGAUCCCUGCGGUUCAGCCAGCAAGAAACCCGGGUGUGACACGGAGGAUCCGAAGGAGGCCGGCAGACACAGUGGCCAGGAAGGCAGGUCCGACACCUUGAAGUUAAAAGCCCAGCAUGCGGAGCUGCAGGAAGAGCAGGUGGAGCAGGCAGCGGGGUGCUCCCUUUUGGUGCAGAAGGCCAGCCUCCACCACACGGGUUCCCCCGUGAGAGGGCAGCGCAGCAAAGGGGCAGCCACAUGUUCCCAUGCCGCUGCCUCCGAUUAUGAGCUCUCCCUUGACUUAAAGAAUAAACAGAUCGAAAUGCUAGAGCACAAAUACGGAGGCCACUUGGUAUCUCGGAGGGCAGCCUGCACUAUCCAGACGGCCUUCCGCCAGUACCAGCUCAGCAAAAACUUUGAGAAGAUACGGAACUCACUUCUGGAGAGCCGCAUGCCACGGCGGAUUUCACUGAGGAAAGUACGAGUUCAGAACUCUGAAAGUUUCUCUGCUGAGAAAGCCCUGGUGGAAGGAUACAAUUUUGUUGGCAUCCCCUUGGUGAGAUCUCCAUCUUUGCCAGCCACUAUCAGCGGGGCACUGACUGAACUAGAGGACUCUUUCACUGAGCAAGUCCAAUCUUUGGCCAAAUCUAUAGAUGAUGCCCUCAGCACAUGGAGCUUGAAGACUAUGUGUUCCCUUCAAGAUGGCAGCUCCUAUCAGAUAAGGGAAACAUUCAGUACUGGUUCAGUGCAACCAAAUCAAGACCUGGAAGCUGAACUGAAGGACCAGCAAAAAGAGGAAGGUUUGCUGCCGGAUACACUGCCAAAGAGCAGCAGCACCCUCAUGAUGGCCUUCAGGGAUGUCACUGUCCAGAUUGAUAACAAGAACUUCUCUGUCUCCUCAUCUACCUCGGUGUCUAUGGCAAACUGCCUUGCCAACAACACCCAGGCUGGGAUUACUCAAGCUGCCAAAAUAGAAGAAAUCCCAGAAGAUGCGGGAAAAGAGGGCCAAGAGCCUCAAGCUGUUCCAGAAGGGCAGCCUGAUUCAGAAAUUCUCCAGAAUAGUCAUACAGAAACUGAGGAGAACAUCAGCACCAAUGGCUUGGGGGGAGGGGAACCAGAACCAGAACAAAUGAUGGUGCAGAAGCUCGAAUUUGGCUCUAACAAUGAGACAGGGCAGAGCAAGGCCUCCGAGGCCGAAAAUGUGGACAAUUCAGAGCAACUGAGCAGCAGCAGCACCUCCACCUCAGCCAAGUCUGCCUCAGAGUUAUCCUCAAAGGAAGCCCUGCAGGCCAUGAUACUAAGCCUUCCACGGUACCACUGUGAGAAUCCAGGCAGCUGCAAAUCCCCUACUCUUUCCACAGACACCAUGAGGAAGAGGCUCUAUCGCAUUGGACUAAACCUCUUUAACAUAAAUCCAGACAAGGGGAUUCAGUUCCUUAUCUCUCGCGGGUUUAUCCCAGACACUCCAAUUGGUGUGGCACAUUUUCUGUUGCAGCGCAAGGGGCUUAGUCGACAGAUGAUUGGGGAGUUCCUGGGAAACAGCAAGAAACAGUUCAACCGGGAUGUUCUAGACUGUGUGGUCGAUGAGAUGGACUUCUCUGGCAUGGAGCUUGAUGAAGCUUUGCGGAAAUUUCAGGCCCACAUCCGGGUGCAAGGAGAGGCCCAGAAGGUGGAGCGGCUGAUUGAAGCAUUCAGCCAGAGGUAUUGCAUGUGUAACCCUGAUGUGGUCCAGCAGUUUCAUAACCCAGACACCAUUUUCAUCUUGGCUUUCGCCAUCAUCCUUCUUAACACAGAUAUGUAUAGUCCAAACAUCAAGCCUGACAGGAAGAUGAUGCUGGAGGACUUUAUUCGAAAUCUGAGGGGUGUGGAUGAUGGCGCUGAUAUUCCCCGAGACUUGGUGGUGGGGAUUUAUGAAAGGAUCCAGCAAAGGGAACUUAAAUCAAAUGAGGAUCAUGUAACCUAUGUUACCAAAGUGGAAAAAUCAAUUGUCGGAAUGAAAACGGUCCUGUCAGUGCCACAUCGUCGGUUGGUCUGUUGCAGUCGCCUUUAUGAAGUGACAGAUGUGAACAAAGUGCAGAAGCAAGCUGCUCACCAGAGGGAGGUUUUCCUCUUCAAUGACCUGUUGGUGAUCCUCAAGCUUUGCCCCAAGAAGAAAAGCUCCUCCACUUAUACAUUCUGCAAGUCAGUCGGGCUGUUAGGAAUGCAGUUUCAUCUCUUUGAGAAUGAAUACUAUCCCCAUGGCAUCACCUUGGUGACUCCAGUUUCAGGCUCAGAGAAGAAACAGGUACUCCAUUUCUGUGCUCUGGGUGCAGAGGAAAUGCAGAAAUUUGUGGAAGACCUAAAAGAGUCAAUAGCAGAGGUGAUGGAGCUAGAGCAGAUUCGAAUUGAAUGUAAGGCUCCCAGCGCGGUCCAGACUCCUUGCAGUCAUUUUGUCUGGGAGCUGGAGAAGCAACAUGGAGCAAAGAAUAUUGCUUUAAAGAGUAAUGGAGCUCAAAUGGAAACACAGUCCAAGCAAGGAUCUCCAACAGGCAAAAAAGAUUUGGGAGAGAAGAUCCCGGAUAACACAGUGGAGGUGUCAAUUCACAACAGGCUUCAAACGUACCAGCACAACUCUGUCCCGGGGCUCGAGAUUGGAAUGCAGCCCAGCACACGUCCUAACAUGCCUCGGGAGAGGCUGGAGACAGCAUUGGUGCCCUCUUACCCUGCUUCAGCAGGGACACUUGUACAGUGCCAGCAGAUUGUCAAAGUUAUAGUCUUGGACAAACCGUGCCUCGCACGCAUGGAGCCAGCCCUCAACCAGACUCUGACGCGCUACGUGUCCUCCGAUUCCUGCAGCUCCACCCCCUUGCGCAGUCUAGGCAGUGGUCUCCAAGGCACCCCGGUGAAAAUCAUCCAUCAGCCCCCCCUUCCGCCUCCACCACCACCCUACAACCACCCACACCAGACCUGUCCCCCCAGCUCCUUGCUUCAGAGACGCAGGUACUCCAGUGGCUCACGCAGUCUAGUGUAGCAGCGCCACCAGCACUAGCCAAACAGCACAGACUUACCCUGGGACCCUUUUCCGUCUUCAAAGAAAAUCUAGUUUGUGAUUUAUUUUUUAGCAAAAUGAAAGAAAAAGAAAGUGACAGAGAAAGAGUGAAAACAUAUAGUGAUAAUGAAAUAAAUUACAGUAUGUAUAAUGAACACACCUAAUUCCUUACCAUCUCUCCUGAAACUAUUCUUUUUGCAAGGAUCGAUACCUGUAGAAACUGCCUGACAGCUUCAGAAGAUGUUUGCUGCCCACUCUUCCACCCUUUUAGCUGCACACAUGCACCUUUCUUCCUCCUGACACAUACGGCCAUGUUCUUCUCUGAUGAGCUUUAUUGUCCUUGGCUUCCUAUGCUUUGUGUCUUCAGUUCCUCUUUCUAGUUCUCUUUCCUUGCUUCUUCCACUUCCUUGUUUUCUCACCAUUACUAAAUUCCACAGGUUUCUGACCAAAACCAACUAGACUGACCUUUGGGGGGCAUUGACUUUGGUAGUUCACCUUGUUGGGUCUGAGGAGCCGCUACUGCUACUGUUCCUGCUGCUACCACCACUGCAGCUUGCUAAAUUGGAGCUGAAAACGUAUGCCACUCAUCACACUUCCUACUCAUUGCCUUUUUGGGGUUACCCUGUUCUCUCACAGCAAGAUGAUGGAGGGGAAAUCGAGAGAAAGAGGAAGAAGAAGGAGGAGGGUUCUGCUCCCCAUGCUGCAGUCAAACACAAAGAUGGCCUCACUUUGGACAUCCAAAAUCUGCAUUGUAAUGUGAAAGCUUUGCUGGAUAUCAGCAGAAAUGCACCACUUGUAAAUAUUCACUUUAUGGUUGAAUGUGUGUGGACUUUGCCUGGUAAAAGGAAGAACUAGCCUGGUCUGGGGAGAUUUAGGAAAAAAAUAAGAAUUGGAUCUGGAAAUCUUCCUGGCAUGGCCACUUUCUGAAAUUAAUAAUCCUGGAAAGUGAUUCCUUUCUAAUAUUUUUAUUCAUCUUGCUUUUCAUUUUGUCCCAGGGUGUAGCCACACUCCACAAAUAUAUCCACUACUUCAUACUACUUCAAGGGCCCUGGCUCCAUUCUACAGAAUCCUGGGCUCUGUAGGACUCUUUUACUUCUCUGUCAGAGAGCUCUAAUGCUGUAAUUCAAGGGAAUGCACUAUAGAAUUCUAAAUCCCGCACUAGACUACAAGUCCCUGGAUUCCAUAGGGUUCAGCCAUGGCAGUUAAAAGUGGGAUCAAAGUGCUAUAAUGGUGCAGCCAGACUUGCAACCCAGCUCACCGAAAAUAGUAGCAUUGAUGUGGCAACUUCCAGGCUAGAGGGGAAGAAUAAUCUCACCCUUAGAAACUGCCUCCAUUUUUCACACACACACACACACACACACACAGAGCCCCUAAAUCAUUUUGCUGCCUGUGUCAAAGGACAAGAGUGUAGUGACGCCCACAUAUUUCCAUGUAUAGUAGUAACCUGGUCUUACACCCUGAUGAUGGGGCAGUGUCCCGCGUUGCACCAGAGCAGCAGGAUAGAUUAGAUGCAGGUGAGGCAGUGCAUCCCUCAUGGUGUUCUGCAAUAGAGAGGAGUGGCUGUUGCACAUAUACACACCAUCACCUGCUGCCUGAGGCAAUUGCCUCACUUGGCCUAAUGGUAGAGCCAGCCCUGAUAUGCCCCCAGGGAAGCAGAGAGAAAUAGGGCAGGGAAGAAGUAGGGCAACAACUAAAUCCUGUGAUAGUCCCAACAUGUAGCAUAUGUGUUUUCAAAUUGGCUCCAGGUGCUUCUUUCCAUAUUCACAUUCCUGUUUGACUCCCUCUUUCCAUUCUGAGCUGCUUGUACCAACUAGCAUCACAGAGGUUUAUUUAGGGACGUUAUCCUGAGUCAACAGCAUAUGUUUACACAGGCAGGGAAACAUGCUACAUUGGGUCAUGUUCUGGGUAAUUCUGUGUGCUUUUGUUGAAAUCCUGGCCUUAACCUGCCUUAGCAAUUGUAAGCAAAUGAAAUGAAACACGAUUAGUCAAGAUGAAACUGAAGAGAGGCAAGGAAUAUCUCACUAUCUGAGAGCCUUCGUGUUUCGCCUUUAUGAAUAUAUAAAACAAACCAGAUAUAUUGCAAAUCCAAUAUAUUAAGUGUUGUUAGUGUAGCCAAUCAUGUAAGCACAAAUCAGAUUAAUAACUCUUCCUUCCAUUCCUUCCUUUUCUUUUCACAAUGCCCCCCUCUGCAAUAAUGUAUGGCAAAGGUGGGUGGGGAGUUCCAGGGAGAGAAGAUGAAAAAGGAGCUCAGCUCCUUGCAGUUAUCAGGGAUGCUGACGUGCAGAAAGAUGGUAUUAAAAUGUACUAUGGCUGUAUUUUUAGAAAAAAUAUCUUCCCCACGCAUGAGGGAGGAGCAGCAUUAAUUAGCUUAAGGGCUUUGCUCUUGCUCACUCCAUCUCCCUGUGAGGCUUAAGAAGAUCAACUUUAGGAUUUGGAAAUAGGGCAGAACAAGUUUCAAGUCUCUUUUAUUAUUAUUUUAAAAUGUGUAUAUUUGUUUAUGAGUGAAAGAAAAAGGAGAGCAAAGGAUUUUUUUACUUUCUGUGUGAGGUAGAAAGAGGAACUUUACACUGGUGAACCUGAAGCCUACUGUGAUGGGAAGGCCCCCAUUUAAAUCCAUCAGGUUACAUAACAAGACAUGGGAUGUAUCCCCAAAAGACUUACAUUGUGCAAUUACCCUGCCACACUCAUGGAAUUUUACAGGGAUGUUCUCAUCCAGCCACGGUCACUUUCCAUUCCAUUUGUUAGAUGUACUAACCAUGCCUUCCCCGGGAAUGGAAUGGAUAUUUGCCAGCCUCCCAACUGAGGUCAAAUUUGGAGUCCUAACCCCUUGAGAAACUGCAUGUUGAAAAUUCCUGCAACUUGCAGCGGGUUUUGUUGUUGUUGUUCCUGGCGCAACAUAAACUGUUCAGGUUUUGAAAACUAUGCAGGAGUUUAACAAUGUGCAGCUUUGCUCUAAAUAACCUACGUUUGCAAUUUUCAUGCAUCAGCUUUCCCAGUUUGAAUUUCAUAUAGCUGGAAAAGAAAUUUGGGCUGAUUGAAGCUGAAGCCUUUGCUAGUUUGAAUGUUUCACAAUUUCCUUUCUGUAUGGAAAGUUGCACCUUUCCCCCCAUUUCUCUGCCAAAAGCUGCACAUUUUCCAAAACGCUGCAGUUUCUGGACAAGGUGCACAAAUUUCAUAGGAAAACUGCAUGGUUUCCCAUCAUUGCAGGGAGGUAAAUGCUCAAGCAUCCGAAGGCUACAUGACAUAUUAUACCAGAUCUCAAGACAGAGAGCUUUCUUUGAACAGAGGGUUUUCUGGAGGGAGGAAUACUAUUUUGUACUACAGUUUGUAUUCUGGAUGUUGUAAUCCAAGGUCAAGUUCCUGUUUAAUGCUGGUGGACAUCUGUCAAUGUAGCUUGGGUGAGGAGUCCAGGGGGGAUGAAGGCUGCUCAUUUUUCAAUUGGAUGCUACCCAGAUAUCCCUCUACACCAACCAGCUCCAGAUGUGGAGCUAUGCACAGGUGCAAUGUAUCUCUCAUAGCCAUGAAAGAAGGAGCAGUCUUAGCUCUCCUAGAUUUUCCCUGGCUACACAGUGGUGAUUGGGUGUUCCUGGCCACUGACUAGCCAAAAGUGAUGCAGUGGGACAACAAUCUAUCUGCCAUAGUGCAGCUGGGAAAAAGGUAACUAUAUAAGGAGGUACUUGAUACCUCUUUGUGCAUCACCAAUAUUCACACCUAGGAUAAUGGGGGGUAUGGUAACAUAAGCCAGCAGCAGCAUUUUAACCCCCAAAAUAACUUUUCCAUGUUCUGCUUUAAUAUGGCAGACUACAGCUUUGGUCCACAAUAUGGUUUCACUGAAGGCCACACUGGCUAGAGUGGGAAUGGAAAUCUGGGCACAUCUGAAGCUGUAUGCCCAGCAGCAUUUGAGACCAUGGCACAUUAAACAUAAAGGUCUGUAUAGGACUGGAAUCAUGUUUGCCUGAAUGUCCACCCCUGUUCCCCACCAUGGAACACGUAACUAUAUUUUAGGAGCCACUGCUAGGUUCAUUCUCUGUCCUCCCCCAUGCUGCUGCUUUUGGUAUCUUCUGCUAUCCUGGAAGACAUCCAUAUCUGCAUGGUGCAUUAGUUAAAGCAUGAAAAGAUUGGUGUGUUUAGAUAAAUAAAUUAGAUUUUACUUCACAUUUAACACAAAAUGGCAACAAAAACCAUAAAGUAUUUGAUGAAAUAAUUGUUUUUCUGGAUGAAAUAUUUAUGAGAGCUUGAGGUUCCUGGAAGAGUGAGAGCACCAAGCAAUUAAUAAUAGAUUUGGAAUAAUGUGAAGAGAUUCAUCAUAGGAAGUAUUGCCUGCAAUGUCACUCUCUCCCCCUCCUCUGUUCUUCUUAAUUUUUUAAACAAAAAGGUAUUGGGACUUAACAGUGCUGGAUUUUACAGCUUCAGAUCUGGAUCCCUCCUUCACUACCCUACCUAGUGGUAUAUUAGCUACUUGACUGAUAGGCACUAUUUUUAUUAUAUAGAGAUGGGGAAAUGACCUGGGCCUUUCUUUUUUUAGCAUUCUUUGAAGAGGGUGAUAUCUCUGGCUGUUUCCUAAGAUUCUCUGAAGUCUGGAAAGAGCCAUUGUGCAGGAGCUGUUUUGUCUUCACCAGCCCUCUUCUUUCCAUCGCCAUCAUUGCCCCUUCCCCAGUUUCCCAAACAUACAAAUAGCUGGGGCCAGGAAAGACAAGCAAAAACAGCAGGCAAGAGCAGAGCUUGGGAAAAAGUAUUCUUAUGGAUUUGGCAUUAUUUUCAAUAAUGCUCAAUGUGUGCCUUGAAAAAGCAGGCAUUUCUAGAAUUUUUUGCUCACAUUCAGAUGUUUCAUGACUGCCUAUAAUAUAAAAAAGGGAAUAGUUUUGAAAAAGCUGAAAAUGAGAUUGUGAAAGGAAAUCUGCUAUUUUCAAAGAUCUUCAAAGCUGAAAGAUCCGAUUUCUAUUUUAUGUAUGGCAAUACAUCUCAUAGAUACUUGAUCUCUUGAGGUUCCAUAGGCCUAUGCCAGGCAUGUAAUUCUUUGCUAAUUAUGUUAUUGAAGGAAGCAAUGAGAAUUUUUUAGCAAUAUUCUUUCCAUUAUAAGUAAGCCUCCAAAAACUGCACCAUUUUGAUGACUAUUCACAGUUCAAGACAUUCUGUGCAAAUUACACGUGGUAUUUUUGCAGAGAAAUCAGCAUUUUCUGUACAAGAAACAUUUUCUGCAAAGAAAAUAAUAUUUCUGUGUAGAAACAACAUUUUCCACACAGGAAAUGAUGCUUCCUGAAACAGAAGAACUGGGUUCUGUGGGAAGAAAUGUGAAUUUUGCACAAAUUUAAAUUCUGAAUUUUGAAGAUUGUCAUCAGUGCAGGAUUUUUCCACACUUCAAAAACAUGUUUUUCAAACACUUUAAAAAUGUUUCAAAUAUUAUUUUCAUCUCUAGCCCAUAAUUUCCUUGGUAGUUUCUUAAAGAUAGCACAAAAUUAUUUAAGUAAACCCCAGGUUGAUCAAGGCUCAUAUUUAAAUUGGAAAUGCAUGCCUGGUAAGAUAGUAGACAUUUAACCCAAUGCCUUGCCUGCUUUAGAUAUAUAGCUCCACCCAAGCUGUUUCCAGAUGGAUGUGUCUGGGUACCAUCAAUAUUUUUUUAGAAGACAUUGGGCUCAUGUUCUAUCUUUCCUUCCUUAAAGAAUUUUCUGUUAUAUGAAAGACAUGGAAGAAGCAAAUGGAAAGAACAUGAGGAAGUUCCAAAUGUCUGGGUCCCUUGAAAUUCUGUGAACGUGGAGGACAGAGUGGUUGCACACUGGAAACUUAGUCUGGAGAUGUGUGUGCGCAUACACACACUCCUAAUUCUCUAGCUUUAUGCAGUUAGAGAGAUGGUACAUUAAAAUAUAUUAAAUUGGUAGUGAACUACAAGACCUGAUAUGCUACUUGCUAUGUGUAAUGAUAUUGCCCAAAGCUAUUCACAGGCAUAGCAAAUGGUGUUUUUCCUGGGGUGAGAACAGCAGGGAACUUUCUUCUUAGAAGUUCAGGCAGAGAGUUUUGCUUAAACAAAGUCUGCAAGCCAGACUUGAUGAAUAACUUUUGAUGCUUAUCAUCCUGAGUUUUUUGGGGGGCGGGGCGGAGAAGGGGGUUGGAAAAGUGAAACACUAAAUGUCUAGACAAAAAGAUUAGUGUCCUAGCUAGAGCAGUGUGUUGUCUUAUCUCUAAAAUGAUCUCCUAGGUCUUUUUGGUCAUAUUGUUAAGCAUUGUUACACAGAGAGUGAGAGACCAAUUCAUUUCUAUGGGACUUAAGUACACAUCAUUGGACUGGAUUAUAAUUUUUGUAAGUCAAUAACACGUCUUUCAGACUCAGUUACCUAGUCCCUUUGCAUUCAAUUAGAGACAGGUUACCGUGGUUUGAUCAAUAUUUGCCAAAUGAAGUACAUUCUAGAGCAGUUGUCUCCAUUACUGAGGUUGCACCACAACUGGCUGGAGAUGAUGUGAGUUAUAAUUGAACACAUGUGGAAGGUGCCAGGUUGGAGGCAAUUUUCAGGAACCAUGGUGCCUGGAGGAAAGAUUAUGUUCUGUGGGCCACAGCCCUUUGCAAUGAUCUAAGCACUUUUUGGGUAAAGACCACCCAUCCAAAUAAAAAGUGUUUUUGCCCUUCUUAGAAAACCCUGGACAGUGUAGUCUGUAAAUAAGAGGUUUCUAGAGUUAUGUAGCAGAGAAUUCUUACAAAAUUAUAAUUUUGUGUAUUGGGGAGGGGGUAGCCAUGAAACUUGAACUGGUAUAAACAAAUAUGAGAGUUCCUGAAUGGCAGGGGGUUGGACUGGAUGGCCCUUGUGGUCUCUUCCGAUUCUAUGAAAUGCAAAUUUGUAAUGUAGGUAUUCUCCAAGAAUUGUUCGAAUGGAUGUAUUCUGAGGCAGACCAGUGACCCACCUAGUUUAGGAAUGUCUGUCAGAAAUGAAGAUAAGGAAGAAUAGUCUGGGGAAAACCUGGGUACCUGGAGACUCAAAAGUACAACGAAAGCUUAGUUACUGGCUUGUGUUUCCUCCCAUGUUUGAGAAGUAAAAUAACAACAACCCCUUAAAUGCUGAACCAUUGUUUUCUUGCAACAAGAUGAUGUUAGCCAGCAAUUCCCUGCAGCCCUUUCAUGAGGGAUUAUGGGAGUUACAAUACAGAAACAAGUUGACCACACUGGCUUUAAGAUCUUGUAGGACUGAUUGCCUGGCAUCCUGUUCAGCAAUGAUGAUGUCUUAAGUUUGACAUAUGACAUCAGAAUUCAUUUACAGUGGCCAUAAGUCCCACCCAAACUUACUUUUUAAGCUAAGUAGUACCUCCCGUUUAUGAGUUGCUGGCAUGGGGGUGAGUGAGUGUUACAAGAAAAGGUAUUUUAGCUAGAAGAAAACAUCAUCCCCCACCUCCUUGCUUUCCAGCUAUUCAGAAACGGCCAUGUUGUUGGUGGUGGGGAGGCUGUGCUUGAAAGAUAGGGAGCAUCAGAGAUGUAACUAUAGCUCAUACAUCUUUGUAUCUACAUUUCAGGAUCAGAGCAUCCACCCUCCUCCACUCUCUUUUCUGUUCCUAAUGGCUUCAGACUGAAACGAUACAUCAUCUUUUUUUAUUUCUUCUAAAGAAAAACAGCAUUAAUGCAGCAAACAGCUUCCAAAUCCCAGUAGAAACAGUGUUUUUAGUCUAACACUUACAUUAUAUUAUUGUCUUCAAGCAGUGUUUCUUGGAAGUAUGAGGAACAUCUGAAACAAGCACUGUUCCCUAGAUUUCUGGAGUUGAUGCCUGCCAGGAAGAUUCCAUCUUUUAAAAGGGGAAUUGAUGGAGGGGAGGGAGAGCUAAAGAGAAUUUGCAUCAAAUAGCUGUGCUGGGCCAUCAUAGUCUAUUGCAUUGCAUCUGCUGUAACUUUAUCAGUGAGGGCAAAGCCUAGGACUGUUGAUAGUAGCUCUUGAGUGAUGAUGUCUGUAACACUCUAGCAGCUGUCUAGCCUACUGUGUCUUCACUGCUCCUUAACAGCCACGCCUGGGUCAGAAGCUUUAAGAAUCUCUUGUUUCAUUACAUUUCUCUUCACUCAGUUAAUCUCACACGGCAACAUCUCAUCGGAUGUUUCUUUUCAUUCUCUGAGCAAGAAAACAAACGAUGUUACUUAACCUAUGUGUGUAGGCUGUUUGAGAGCACCUGUCUGUCUGUCUGUCUGUCUGUCUGUUCCAGUUUUCUGCUGUACAUACUCUCAAGAGAAGCUUCCUUUGGGAACAGCAGCGUGCUCACAUCUAGCAAAGACUCCAAAUGGCUAAUAUUUUGUAACAGAAAUAGACAAGAUGUAUUUUAUCUGUUCAGUUAAUAGAGUUUUAGAAAUUAUAUUGAGAUACGUCACUUGUGCAAGUAUGUCUUCUUUGUCUUUGCCAUGUCUGGUUUCUUUCUCUUCCCUUCCCAUGUACACAGCCACAGUUAGCCCAGGCUGGAUGAGGACAUUUUUUAAAAUGCCUUCCAGGACGUAUCCACACUGCACAGUUAUAGCAGUGCCAUUUUAC